AAAAAUUUGGAUUUCGACCAGAUCUUUGCAAUUUCUUCCUAUUCAUUCAGUUAGUUAUUAUGACCACUGUGGUAGUUACUGGUGCAGGUGGUUUCCUCGGAAAACUGUUAGUCGAAAAACUGUCAAAAGAUGAAGCAAUUAAAACUAUCUUAGCACUUGAUAGAAAAGAACCGCUAGAGAGCUUAGGUGACUUGCCCAAAACUAAUAAGAAAAUUGUCGAUAUCACCGAUCAAGUUCAAGUCCAAGAUGCCAUCAAAGGAAGUGAUGUUCAAGGCGUCGUCCAUCUUGCCGCAAUUAUGUCAGGUCAAUCUGAAGCUGAUAUUACCAGUGCAAUGAAGAUAAACAUGAUCGGAGCGAUUAAUGUGAUGUUAUCUGUAGCACAGGAAGGGAAGUGUCCGCGUUUUGUAUUCUCAAGUUCGAUUGCUGCUUUUGGAAACGUUUCCCAUCUCGUCACUCAUAAUCCUGUUGUAAGUGGUGGGGCUCCGGACGAUAGACAACCAGCGAGCACAUAUGGCUCCGCAAAAGCAGCAGUGGAAUUGCUGUUAGCAAAUUAUUCCCGUAAAAAACUUUUGGACGGUAUUUCCCUUCGGAUACCAAUCGUAGCAGUACGACCUGGAAUUCCGUCUGGUGCAGCUUCUACCUUUGUUAGUGACCUGGUACGCGAACCCUUGUAUGGAAAUCAUGUGAAGUGUCCUGUGGCUCCAGAACAAAAAGUUGUCGUUAUAUCACCAAGAAAAACGAUUGAAGCCUUGCAUACGGCUUUGCUUCAUAUGAAUACUAAGGAGUUGGGACCGUCCCGAGUACUAGUAGUACCUGGUAUAAGCGCACAGGCCAAGGACUAUGUUGACUCACUUUGCAGAAUUGCUGGUGAGAAGACUGCAAAGCUGGUUUCGUACGAACAGGAUCCAAAGAUAGUUGAUAUAAUUAGUACUUGGCCAAGCAGCAUGGAGUCAAAAAUCGCUGUGAAGCUGGGACUCUCUGCAGAUAAAAGUACUGACGACAUCGUACGUCAAUUUAUAGAAGACUACUUGUCGUAAGUCACCUAAUAAAAGCGUAUCUCUCUCUUGCCUUAAGAAAUAUGUGUUGCUGGCA